AUGGGCUGCAAUCUGCCAAAGGGGAGUGGUUCUGGUGAUGAUGUCAUCAGUCCAGGCAGAAUCCAGUCCACCGUGAGAAAGACGCAAAUACACUCCCAAGGGGGUGUGGCCUAUACAUACCACUUCCUGGACUUCCUUUUGGGAAAGGAAGAUGUAGGUGUGUCGUCUCUGCUCUGCCUGUCGUCGGUGAGAGAGUUACCUGUGCAGGUGAGGGAGUGGUGUGGCCGGGGGUAUGAGCUGGUCGCUGUUCACCCGUUCGUCCACUCCUGCAGCCCAGAGGCAGCCAGGAUGUACCGCAGCCUGCACAGGGCUGUGCUCAUCAAGGAGGCAAACGGCUCUGAAAAGAGGCAGGAGUGUUGCUUGGAGACAGACGUGUGUUUCUGUGGUCACCAAGUUCCCGACCCAGAAGUGUUCCAGAACUACAUGAAAAAGGUUCAGGACCAGGCGGCUAAGGGUCUGGAACUGGUCGGACUUCUACAGCAGCCGGGGGGUGGACCCUGCUUCCCUGGCCACUGGAACUCUGAGGAGCUGUCCUCUCUUCACUCCACCCCCUCCCCUGUGCACAGCCAAUCAGAGCAGACUCAGGCCAACCAAUCAGAGAGCACGUCUCCAGACAUGCGCCUGGGCGGAGGCGGAGGCAGAGUUCCUGGGGUGGAGGUGGGGCAGACGGGCCCAGCUGAGCUGGACAGUUAUAAACCAGGGCAGAGCGAUGUGGACACACGAGACCGUCCAGACGACGAUGGGGACGAGCAGAACACACACGACACACAGCCACCACAGGAGAAGCAGACACAGAACACACACAUCACACUCAACAAUAAUAAUGUGCUCCUGAAACGGCCUGAAGACUGCCAUCAAACUCCACACACUCAGAACCGAGUGCAGCUAUUUGCGUUGUACAGGCACACAAAGAAUCUGAUUGGCUCACAGAGGUUCUACUCAGUCAGGAUUCCACUGCAGCUACAAUGGGAGGCGGGGUUUGUGACAGGAGUCGACGCCCACUGGCUGGAUCAUAUGAACCAACACUUCCUCAAUGGGGCCAGCCUGAUUGACGGAUUUCUAUGCCUUGUAGAAGACACAGCGCCCUCUAGUGUUCAGGGGGUGUUCAUUUUCCAGGCCCCCCCAGAUGACGCUGAGGUGACCACAUCCUAUGAUGCUAUAGUAGUGGAGCAGUGGACAGUUAUUGAAGGCGUAGCAGUGAAGGUGGACUACACACCACUCCUGUUAUCUUUGGCGCCGUUUGGAUGGAGGCUGAUGUGUGUGCUGCCUACACCUCUCAUCCGCACUAACAGCGACGGCAGCCUGGCCACCAAGCAGAUCCUGUUCCUGCAGAGGCCCGUGCAACUGCGCAGGAGGGAGCGCCGGAAGCUGCUCUUCAAACGGUUGAACAGGACAAAGAGAAACUCGCUCAACUGCGGAACAGAAGACGCUGAAACAGGAUGGGCAAUAUCUCCCCAGAGGGAGGAAGAAGAGGAGGAAGAGGCAGACGGAGAAGGAGAAAUGGAGGAGGAAGAGACAGGCGAAAGAAAAGAAGAGAUGAUCAAGGAGGAGGGCAAGAACCAGGAAAGCACAAAGAGUGCAGAGGGAGUCAGCCAAUCGGAACCUCUGGAUGAAAGAGAAGAUGGUGUGGCUACAGAGGACAAUCAGGAAGUAGGAGGGGCAAGUGAAUGCACCAAUCAGGAUGGCCAGAGUAAAGAGGAGGAGGAGCUUAAACAGGAAGAGGAAGUGAGGCAGUAUGCCACGCAUGCUCUGUUCUCUGGGGUCUGCUGACAGGAGUGACAUCCCUCCAUCAUAUCAACCAGCAACACUCCUCUCACAGAGCCAGAGGCUGAACACCCUGACCAGGUCAGAGGUCGGAGUCUGGAGACAACACACUGAAAAUGUGGACUGUGUGUGUAAAGCACAAAUCCCAACACAACUACAUCAAAUGGCUUUUUUUUGUUAAGAUCCAACCCUUAUUUCUGUAUUCAUUUAAACUUUUGGCCAAAAUCUUUGAAAACUCCUUCGAGCUCCACCUUCAAGCGGAAUUUCGGUAUUUUUCAACCUAGGGUCAAAACAAGGUUAAUCAGAGGACAAAACAAGGUUAAUCAGAGUAGUUUUGAGUAAGACCGGAAUAUGCAUUUGUAAUGAAAUAGCAUAUAGCCUCAUAUAUAGCAUAUAGUCUCAAAAUAUCAUCACAAUUUAAUGCUGGUGUGGAGAGGGUCCCUGCAGAAGAAUGUUCACCUUUCUAAGUAUAGAGAAAGAGUAUUAAACAG